AUGGAUAAAAAAGCCUUAUUACUAGUAGUAGCCGCUGUUUGUGUCGGUCUCUAUUUCUAUGGUCAGCACCUGAAAAAAGAUAAUGAAUAUCUGAAAUAUUUGCCAGCUAUUGGCGGAGACAAUCCGCAAAAUCAAAAUCAGCAGACUAAUUUUCAAGCUCAAUCUCCGCCGAAUAAUCAAACUCAGCAAUCAGAACCCUCAGGACUAAUGAAAAUGGUGGGACAAUCCUUACCAUUUUUACCCUUGUUAUUUGAACAGUUCACUGGUCAAAAAGUUCCGCAAAUUAGUGGCACCAUGGCCGAAAUCCAAAUGGCUUUGCAGCAAGUGUUAGUUAAUCAACAACAAUUAAACCAACGAUUAAGCAAUUUAGAAAAUAGUGCUAGUCAACAGUUCACUAAUUUAAUUCAGCAA